AUGCCAACUCGCAAAGAUGAGAAGUGGCUAAACGUCCGAAAACUCGGAUCUCUUGUUGGCGAUUCCGAAGAUAUUACCAGACAAAAAAUAUUAUCAACAAUUGCACUUAAAAAACUUCAAUCUAUCUGGAUGAGAAAAAAUCAAAUUUUGACCAAGAUGCGCCUACGAUUAUAUGAUGCAUUUGUCCGAUCUGUCCUCACGUACAACGCAGGUACUUGGGGAACAUCAAAGAAAAACAUGGAGCAACUUGACUCUUUCCACAGGGGUCAACUGAGAAAACUCCUCGGCUAUUCGUGGCCGAAGAAAAUAUCAAAUGAUAAAUUAUACAGGUUAGCUAACUGUGGGCCUAUAAGUCUAAAUAUACUUGAAACCCGCUGGCGCCUGUUUGAACAUAUUUUACGAAUGAAGAAAGAAACACCUUGCAAUAUGGCCAUGGAAGAAUUUUUCGGCCAUACUGAAUACUCUAAAUAUAGAGGACGUCCAAGGGACUGUCUUCCGGGAAUACUUACGAAGGAAUAUGUUAUGAUCGGAGGCCGAUUGAUGGAUGCAGACGAUCUGGACGAAAUCGGAAAGAGGAUGUACAGUAAAGUCUCUCAAAUCCGGCUCCCAUCUGAUAACUGCAAGAAAAAUAUAUUUAAAUGGAAAAAUCCUGAUAUCCGCCACAAAUAA